AUGUCACUGGAGUUCAGGUCCGAGUGCGAUGACAUCGAGGAGGCCAAAUCCCCCAGUAACACAAGCGUCGCCGCCGUUGCAGUCAAGAACGCCGACGCCUCGGUCUACAAGAUCAUCCACGGCUACCUCAAGCAGAAGAACAACUCCAUCAUCAGAGUCGCCGCCAAUGUCGCCAGGAAAGCGGCCUCCAACAAAUUAUCGAGGAAGACAUCUGAUGUCUUCGACACCUUGCUUCAGAAGCAGCAGAGCAAGUUGGGAAACAAGGCCGGGCCGUUGCUUUCUGGGAUCUGUUACUGCAUCGCCUCCUGCAGCAUGAUAUUGCUCAACAAGGUGGUUCUCUCCAGUUACAACUUCGAUGCUGGAAUAUCACUGAUGCUAUACCAGAACCUUAUAAGUGUGGUCAUUCUUCUGGUACUUGAGCUCUUCCGUGUCAUUUCAACGGAGGAACUCACAUGGAAGCUGAUAAAAGUCUGGAUUCCGGUGAAUCUUAUUUUCAUCGGCAUGCUACUAACUGGAAUGUACAGUUUGAAGUACAUAAACGUCGCAAUGGUGUCAAUAUUAAAGAACAUGACAAAUAUUAUAACGGCUAUAGGAGAGAUAUAUAUAUUCAGGAAGGGUCAGAAUAAGAAGGUUUGGGCUGCACUGUUUCUGAUGAUUGUAUCGGCUGUAUAUGGGGGGAUUACAGAUCUCUCUUUCCAUCUAGUUGGCUAUACGUGGCAAAUUCUGAAUUGCUUUUUAACAGCAGGCUACUCGCUUACACUAAGGCGUUUGAUGGAUACAGCUAAACAAUCAACAAAAUCUGGCUCCCUCAAUGAAGUUUCUAUGGUGUUACUCAACAAUGCGCUCUCAAUUCCAUUCGCACUCAUUUUGGUUGUAAUCUUCGAUGAGUGGGAAUAUGUUUAUCAAGCUGAAGUUAUCAGAGAGCCGAUGUUCUGGGUUGUUGCAACAGCUAGUGGUUUGCUAGGUCUAGCCAUCAGCUUCUCAUCAGUGUGGUUUUUGCAUGAGACUGGUCCAACAACGUACAGUCUUGUUGGUUCUCUGAACAAGAUACCCAUUUCGAUUGCUGGUAUUUUGCUGUUCAAUGUCCCUGUAAGCGUUGAAAAUUUCUGUAGCAUAGUUUUUGGUCUUUUUGCUGGGAUAUUCUUUGCAAAGGCAAAAAUGUCCUAA